AUUUCCCGGCCUGGCCUGCGUUUUCCCGACUUCCGCAACGCAAUGGACUCUGCUUCCGCUUCUGCGUCCUCGUCGGAGGCGGAGGAGGAGCCCGGGCGCGCUCCGCCGCCGCGCAUGACCACGGUCUCGCGCCACUACUUCGGCGGCGCCUCUGCCGAGAGCGACCACGACCUCCGCGUCGACAUCGUCGAGAACAUAGAGGAGGAUUACGGGAUGUUCGUCUGGCCAUGCAGCGUCAUCCUCGCGGAAUACGUGUGGCAGCAGAGGCCGCGCUUCUCCCGCUCCAGAGUUGUCGAGCUUGGUGCGGGAACCUCGCUACCGGGUUUAGUAGCUGCAAAAGUUGGAGCAGAUGUUACGCUGACAGACAUUGCACAUAAUGCAGAAGUACUGGACAAUAUACGGCAAAUAUGCAGUCUCAAUAACGCCAACUGCACGGUACUGGGACUUACCUGGGGAGAUUGGGAUGAACCUGUGUUUGAUUUGCACCCUGAUAUUAUUCUUGGAGCCGAUGUGCUUUAUGAUUCAGCAAAAUUUGACGAUCUCUUCGCGACGGUUACCUUCCUCCUGGAAAAUUCUCCUGGGGCAGUGUUCAUCACCACAUACCACAAUCGCAGUGGUCAUCACUUGAUUGAAUUUUUGAUGGUGAAGUGGGGUUUGAAAUGUUUGAAGCUUCUGGAUGGUUUCUCUUUCCUUCCCUCGUGCAAGGCUGAAUCACUACAGGGAAAUAUUCAGCUAGUGGAGAUCACACUUGAGAAGGAAAAACCAAAAUGAUCUUCAGGAUGGCUCUUUUUCUUCAUGUGUUCCAGCCUUACAGGAGUUGUAUGACAGCACAGACAACAAGGACCUGGCAAUGGGUUGUUUGGGCCUUCACUGCACAUGACUGUACAUUAGGUAUAACUCAAGAAGCUCAUGAAAUCAUCCACAAGGAAUUUAGUCUGAAAGGAUUUGUUUAUUUGAAGGGAAACAUUCUCGUUUUUUCGGGUUUCGUCAUUAAUUGAACCAAGCAAUAGCUUUGGCAAGCAAAAACACAAUCUUUCUGUAGGCCCAACUGAUCAUAAUCACAAAUGUGCAUUGCUUGUACAUUCA